UAUCUCAUCUAUGUUAAACGUUCUCGAGGGGUUUUGUUCAUUUAAAUUUCCGUAUUAGUUUUUUUUUAGCGUUUCUGAAUCCACGGCGUGUGACACGACCCAAGAAAUAGAGUGUGUGUCAUGUACAUGUAUCGAUAGCCCUCGGUUGAACUUUUAUACGUUGCACUUUUUCUGUUCAACUAAUGCUUUGUUCGGUAGGUCAGCAACGAAUGAUAGUAAGUGACAUUACCUCAACAUGGCCACUACGUUACUAAGUGAUUCGGAACGAAUUUUCAUUAUUCACGGAGUAGAAGACAACCUUCGGUGUGAUGGGAGAAGCUGUCUGGAGUAUCGACAUAUUGAAAUGGAAUUAGGUGCUGCGCCGAAUUGCAGCGGUUCGUCUCAUGUUCGUAUAGCCAACACCGACGUUCUCGUGGGCAUCAAGGUAAACUAUUCAAGGUCACGUGUGAGUAUAGAGAUUGGUGCUCCAGAACCUUCAGCGCCUGACAGUGGCCGAAUCGAGUUUUUUGUUGAUUUCACCGCAAACGCUGAUCCCGAAUUCGAAGGAAGCGGAGGUGAUGAUCUUGGACAACAGAUAGCAGGCGCUCUCAGUGAAGCCUAUGUCUCGAAAAGAUUCCUGGAUCUGAGUUCUUUGUGCAUUGUUUCUGGCCAGCAAGUAUGGACACUUUACGUCGAUGUGCUCAUUUUAGAACUGGGUGGCAGUCUAUACGACGCGGUAUCCGUAGCUGUCAAGGCAGCUCUAAGAGAUCUUCGCAUUCCACGAUUAAGCGUCAGCAUAGGCGAGGAUGGACGGCCAGAGAUCGAAGUUUCUGACGAUCCACAUGCUGUUGAUCCUUUAGAAAUGGGCUUGGUUCCUUGUUUCGUCACCCUUUCCAAAAUUGGUUCACAAUUUGUAGUUGACGUCAGUCAGGAGGAAGCCGAAUGCACCACGGUCCAUCUCUGCUGUGCGGUGGCCCCGAAUGGCCGUAUUGCUACAACUAUGAAGAAUGGCGUCGGAAGCCUUCAUACGCAUAACCUGAUUGAAGCACUUCAACUGGCUCAAGAGAUCGGAGUUGCCUUGCACAAAGCGUUGGACAAGCGACUCGUAAAAGCGCAAGAACUUAGUGGACGAACUAACGGUUUUCUUUUGUAGAAUAUAUUACUUAUUCCUCAUAAACUCUCGUUUCGUAUAAUGUGCGGUCCGACUUUUUACUUAGUGAUCUUCGAUUUCUGAGAUAGCGUGAGAUUAGUGAACCGAAAACAUCGAAAAUUAUAAUUAAUAAAUUCAUAUUGACGUAUGCGUUGUUCUGUGCGAUAGAAGAUAAAGUAACGUCUGCAAAUUUAUAGCUAUCGUCUGACCUGGCGACAAUAUGUGUGCAUUGUAGACCUUAAAUCAAAUAACUGGGCUUGGUUUAUAGAUAGGGCAGUUUAAGCUGCCCUACCUAAGGUUAUUUCCACUGGUUGUUUGUUACUAUUGCGGUUCAGGAUGGGUUGUAUGCCCGUGGAAAGGGAGUACCUAUUGAGAGAAUAUUAUAAUCUGACUGAUUAUUAUAUUUACUUGUUUCUAAUACUGAUCUGUAUAUUACCCUAGACUACUUAAAUAAAGUUCAAUGUUGCACAGGAGCGUCACGCA